AUGUCUUCGUAUUACCAGUUCAACCACCAGGCAGCACACACCACUGCGACCCUUCCAGGCCCGUCCCAUUCUCAUCACCAUGGGGGCCGGAAUCGCAGGCAACCCAGGCUGUCCGUCUCUCAGAACUCCCAGAAGCAGUUUCGCGGCGUACGGAGCAUGAAGGAGCUGAACGAAUCCGCCGCCAUCGCUGCCUUCCGCAGCAAAUUCGAAGUCUCUCGCUCCUUCGACCUCGAAGAUGAUAUGGAGUUCUGCCCCAAUCUCCUAACGGAAAGCGACCUCGUCUCCAUCGGAAGUGCCUCGGAGCGCUCCUCUCUGGCGAGUAACUCCCCGGAGUCGUCUCCCACCCAACAACCGCAACAGAUUGCUCCCGGCUUCUCGCUUAGCUCGAGCUCCCCACCUUUCCACCCGCAGACCUAUCACGGCCAGCAAGCGACCCUGAAGCUCCACCAGCCCUCUGCCACCCGCGUGCGCAACGCCAUCCCCAUCAUCAACCCUGUCACCGGCAUCAGCAUGUCGAGCCCGCCUCCUUCCGUCUCGCCCGGCCGCAUGCAACAACAUGCCAUGGGCCGAAGGUGGUAA